AUGGCGUCGAGGUUACUCGUUAAUCAUGAAUUGUUAUAUUUUUUAGAAAACAAUUGGAACUUGACUGAAAAAGAUUGUUUUAUUAACAAUACUUCGGAAUUUUACAGUCACGAAGAUAUAACCUCUGGAAUAAAAUUGCUAAAAUACGAAAUUAGCGCGCUAAAAAUUGAGAAAGUUGAUAAACAACAAACUCGUGGCAAUUCUAAAAGUGAGAAACUGUUAGAAUGCAUUUCUAUAAUAAAAUUCUUGAAAGAAAAUAAUUACUGGGAAAAGUGUUCUGUUUUUGUUAGUGUUAAUAUGAAUAAAAUUCCCAAAGUUGAAAAUUUUUUGACAAUUAAUUUUGAAAAAGUUAAACAAGAAAUAAUGGAGUCGUUGCGUACACAACAAGUCAUGUUGAAUAGAACUAUUGAAGCUGUCGAGACAAACAAACUUGAAAUAAGUUCGUUAAAACACAAGUUAUGUUUAAAUGCUGAAAAUAAUGUAAACAUUGAAGUUAAAAAACGACAAGAAAAAACAAACAACGUGCAAACAAGUCAAACUUGCUGGUCCGAAGUAACCAAGAGUCCUACUGAGAGCACGGAGCUGCCAUUCACCCUGGUAAAACACGGCAAAAAAAACGCAAACAACAAAGUCAGUCAGGCGACAAAAAGGACAGCUACAAAAAUUAUUGGAAAAAAAGUACUCGAAAAUUGCAAGCUGAAAGCUAAUAAAGAUCCCACAAAAAAACCCGUUUUUUGCAUCAGUAAUGUACAACGAUGUCGCAGAAGUGAUGUUAUGGAAUAUCUAAGCGCAAAUGGGAUUAACGUGAUCACAUGCUAUCCAGUCAUAAAGAAAACUGAGGAAAAAAUCUCAGCAAAAACCAACAGUAACAACAGCAGUGAUGAACAGAAUGAACUCAAAAACAGAGAUGAAGAAGAAUCAACCGUUUUUAGAGUUUGCAUCGACAGAGAAGAUGUAAAAAAGAUAAAAGACCCCGAAAUAAUGCCUCAGCACGUCAUCGUACGAGAGUGGCGAUUUGACAAAAAAACUGAACAGACGGUACAACAAAAAAUUAGUGAUGGAUGA